AUGGCUAUAACAAAUGUUAUAUUAUUGAGUCAAAUAGCAGGCUAUGUUAUAGGGCUUAUAUUAUCCCUUUGUGUAAUGGUGCCGAUGGGCAUGCACCGAGAUGAAUUCAGUGGAAACUGCCUUUUAUUCUCUCGAGGCACUUGGCAGGAAGAAGAUGGACAGUUGUUAGUUAUGUGGGCCUCCCGUGGGUACUGUAACUAUGUCAUUGCUGUUGGCUGUCUGAUGUUCAUAGUUUGCUUAGUACAAAUCUACAGGUUAUCACAACUGGUAUGUAAAGGACUAGACAGUUCAUUCCUGUCAGCAUUUAUUGAGGCUGUUGGUUGCGUGUUGUUCUGUGGAUUGGCAAUAAGUGCAGCUGUUAUUGUGACUCUUGGCUUUAUGACUUGGUGUCAGAAUAUUGUUGAACGAUUUCCCAGUUGUGAAGAUGCCACAGGUCAGGACAUAGAUAAGAAGGAUAAUAUCUCAACACAUGGAUUCUACAUUGAACUUGGCACUGCACAAUUUGGUGCAUGGGCACUAUUCGCUCUGUGGGUGGGUCUGGCUGUGUUCAGCACUCUGAAGGUGUGCCGAUAUCACCAGCUACAGAACAUUCAGGUGUCUAUGUACCGGGAGAGGCAACGCCUCGUCAACGAAACACACGGCCGAUCAACCCCGCCCAUUGACUCUCUCAACUAA